GCCUCGCAACCAAAGUGCUCGGUGGGGGCGGCGUGAGCCGAAGCGCAAACAAAGCGGAAGAAGAUGCGGCAGCAGGGAGCGUGCCCUCGCAUGUGAGACCUCAAAAAUCCCACCUUUCUUCACCCCCUCACGCGCACUUCGGACGAAGAAGAGAGAGAGAGAGAGAUAAAGAGAGCUCUUUUUCCCUUUGUCCUCUCCACCGUUUUCUGGUUGCCUUUGUUGCCGCGUCCCAGCCUUUGUUUGUCAGAGUGAAGAGAUAUAAAAAGGAAGGAGGAGCAACGCAGAGAAGCAACGGUGGCCGCUCGAGGGACGAGCGACUGGAUCAUGAGAAAGAUAGAACACGGCGCGGCGAAGGAUGGGCAAUUGCGUAACCAGAGAUGAAUCGGCUGUCGCUGCUGCUGCUCACGUUCGGCAGAUAAACGUGGUAUCGAAUCAUGUAAAGCCUGCUCCUUCUGAGAAAAAACAAAAUCGAAGUUUUAUGGAGAUGAGUGAUCCUUCGGUGCCUGGAAGCGUAGAUGAUUCAACUGACAUAUCAAUAUAUUCUAAUGUGAUCGCCUUCACAAUGUUUGAGCUUGAGACAAUAGCGAAGAGCUUUCGAUCAGAUUAUGUGUUAGGUGAAGGUGGAUUUGGGACGGUUUAUAAGGGUUACAUUGAUGAGAAUGUGAGGGUGGGACUGAAGUCUCUUCCUGUUGCUGUGAAGGUUUUGAAUAAGGAUGGUCAUCAGGGACACAAGGAAUGGCUUACAGAAGUUAAUUUUCUAGGGCAGCUCAGACACCCAAAUCUUGUGAAGCUGAUUGGAUACUGCUGUGAGGAUGAUCACAGGCUUCUAGUUUACGAGUUCAUGUUCCGUGGCAGCCUCGAGAACCAUUUGUUUCGAAAAACAGCAGCUCCAAUGUCUUGGGGGACAAGGAUGACAAUCGCAAUCGGCGCCGCCAAGGGGCUCGCCUUUCUUCACAAUGCCGAACGGCCGGUUAUCUACCGAGAUUUCAAGACCUCAAAUAUCUUGCUGGACUCUGAUUACACAGCAAAACUUUCGGAUUUUGGGCUCGCAAAAGCUGGACCGGAGGGCGACGAAACCCACGUUUCGACCCGUGUUAUGGGAACCUACGGCUACGCCGCGCCGGAAUAUGUGAUGACUGGGCACUUGACGGCGAAGAGCGACGUCUACAGCUUCGGCGUCGUUCUUCUCGAACUUCUGACGGGCCGAAGAUCGGUGGACAAGAGCCGGCCGGGGAACGAGCACAGUCUGGUGGAUUGGGCUCGUCCGAAGCUGAACGAUAAGAAGAAAGCGUUGCAGGUGAUUGAUCCGAGACUGGAGGAGGAGUACUCUGUGAAAGCUGCACAGAAGGCGUGCAGCCUGGCAUAUUACUGCCUGAGUUUGAACCCGAAGGCGCGGCCGCUGAUGAGGGAUGUUGUGGAGACGCUGGAGCCAUUGAUGGGCAGUGGCGGCGAGCAAGAUGAGGGGGCAGUUCCGGUUGUUGCGGAUCAACGAAUGCGUCGGAGGUUGGUGGGCGAUGGGGUUGGCUGCAGGUCGUCGCCUGGGAGUCGGUGUGCUUCGGGCGGUGUGGCGGCUUGCAGAGUGAGGUGAUGAGGAUUGGUGAGAGAGAUUGCUCUGCUUGUUGAAGCUUUUGUGAUGUGUAAAUACUAAUGAUUGUUAUUUGCUGCAUGGUAUAUUUUUGGCAAAUGGCUGGGUUUCCUAUUUGAGUGAUGUGGAUCGAAGUGAGGUAUUUAGACAUGCUCUUCAUUGUUAUUGUAUGCCCUCGAUUGAGAAGACAGUAAAGUUUCAUUCCAUUCUGCUGCAUUGAAUGUCAAAAUGUCGAAACAUG